AUGCCCACCUUGAAGUCUACGCGAAGGGCGACAGCUGGGGUACUGGCGCUGCUAUCUGUGCUGGCUAUCGUCGCGACGUUAGGGAAUGAUGAGCAGGGCGCAUCCUACGUACCUAGCGUAGCGGCGAGUAUCCGCGAACCGGCGUUGCUGUUUGGUUCAGCGGGCUUGGGCGGGCUGAUGCUUCUACGGUCCGCUGGCACCUUCCUACCGAGACCAUGGCGUGUCUACGUUGACAGGCUCGAGUUCUCCUUCACGACCAUGCUAUGGAUCUUGUGGACGUCGGCAACUAUGUCAUUCUCCGCCGCCACCAUCUCUUCAACCGUCUGCAGCAUCGACAACAGCAACAGCUCCACUCCCCCGCCAUGCACAACAGUCACAUUCGACAUGUUCCUCCUGCACAGCCUCUCGCUCGCUUCCUUCGCGUACCUCGUCAUCGUCCUUUCGACGGCUCUCUCCCCUGGAUACUUUGCAUCUCACUCGACGAGUCUCGAUGGGCUGGACGCGAUGGGCGGCGAGGGGGUUGGAGGGGAGGAAGGGAGCGUGUUUGUCAUGUGGGAUUUGGCGCUGGGGGACUCGCCAAAGGGUCUAAGGGCGGAGCUACCGGGGCAGACGUCGAGGCCGAGCGGAUACGAGACGGCGUACGGGACUGCAGGUCCCUCGGCGGCGGGCGGGGGCUCGACGGUCGAGGUGGAGCCGACGGGAAUUGCAGGAAAAGCAGACCGCUUCGCUAGCGGCCGAGUGGGACUGUACGUCCCUUUGCUGGUGGCAAGUCUGGGCGUGAUCGCGUCGCUAUCGGUGGUGACCUUGAAGGGCUCUUUUAUCAGUCUGACUGCCAUAUCCGUCCUUGCGCUCGCUUUUGCGACAAUGGUAUUCACCCUAUCUUUGUACGAUUUCUUUGCCCGCUCUUCUCAUGCAGCUUAUGCUGACAUCCGCAGCUUGUUUCUCCAUCGACGCGAUAGGUCUAUCGCCAGCUCAAUAGUGACCUCCAAUCGUAAACGACGAGCUAUCGAACUCGGCUCAAUCCUCCUUCUGUUCGUUCUGUGGCCGGUCGCGGCUACGCUCUUCACUCUCAACCCUACCGCCACUUCCAAGCCAUGUACAGCAUCCAAUGCGGCGUCCGUCCCAUCGUUCAUGACGCUCAUGCUAAAUACCACCGGGGAGGACAAGGACGACGACGCAACCGACCUCCUCAAGAACUGGCUAUCGACUUGCAACCUCUCCCUCCUCAUUCUCAGCCUCUCAUGGACGUCCGCAUGGCUCGCUCUCGCCCGAGCUGUCAAUCUCAUCUUCCCCAUGCCGACCGCGUCGGACAAGCCUAGUAUUGCGGUUCCCGCUCUCGGCCAUCCGAGGGCGUUGUUAGCAGGACGAGGGGAGGGCCAGCCUUUGCUUGCGGGCAAUGCGGCUCGAAGUGGGGAAGCAGGAGGGAGGGAAGAUGUGCAGCGUCCACAGGUCAAAUAUGGGAGACUGGUAGCUGGCGAGGCGUUCGAGCUGGGGGAUGACGAGGAUUAG